UCCCACGCGCGCCCGCCCCUCCACACACACUCACACGCACACCACUCCUCAUGUGCGCACACGCACGCAAACUCAUAUUAACAAACACGUACGCAAAGCCGUAUUAACGCACGCACGCACGCGCACACACUGGGGCACGCGCGCGCGAAUGUACACAAACCAUCGGCCGGCUAAAGUGGGAUCACUUCUGGGCAGUGGCGUUAAGGGCUCCGUCGGCGGCGCUUGGUGGUCGCUCCCUGUGGUGGUAGUGGUGGUAGUGAGAGUGGUGGUAGUGGUGGUGAGAGUGGUGGUAGUGGUGAAGCAGUGUGUGGUGCGUGUGGACCUAAGCUACACCUCGCUACACUCCCCCAAGAUGCGCCUGGGACCGAUGUUGUGGUGGAGCCUUGCGGUCGCAGUGGGAGUGGUGGGCAGAGCUUGGGGGCCCGCCACCCAACACAACACACUUCCAAACAUUCCUCUAUCUGACACCACACUUCCCGACACCACGCAUCAAUAUACCAUGCUACCAGACAUCACGCAUGAAUACACGAUGUUACCAGACACCACGCAUGAGUACACCAUGCUGCCAGACACCACGCGACAGUACACGAUGCUACCAGACACCACGAUACCGGUCACUACAAAUCCAGACACGACGCAGCCAGUCACCUCACUACCAGACACAACGAUACGAGUCACCACGCAUCCAGACACGACGCAGCCAGUCACCUCACCACCAGAAACAACAAUACGAGUCACCACGCAUCCAGACACGACGCUGCCAGUCACCUCACGACCAGAUACAACAAUACGAGUCACCACACAUCCAGACAUGACACUGCCAGUCACCUCGCCACCAGUCACGCUGUUACGUGAAAGCACAAACUAUGCAGAGGAAAACACGCAACAGAAGAUGGGUAUAAAUCAGGAGCUGAUUCAUGCAGAGGAACUGUUGGAGAAGUACGGGUACCUGCAGUGUGUACCGCCAGGCAGCGAGGGCAACACCCGCCUGCACCGCCUGCUGCUGUACCGUCGCCGCCACCCACCCCCUGCCCUCCCACGCCACCCACCGGAUUUUAGACUAGCGGCGGGUGUGGGUGGCAGCCACCCGCCGCUGCCCACCACUGUCCACCACAAGGUAGGGAGAGUACUGGGGGAGAGGACGUCCCCAGCAGAGAACCUAGACGUACCAUCAGCACGCCAGGAUCUGCUGUCUCCAGCCUGGGGCGCCAGGAAGCGCGCGGGGGGCAGCCUGCAGCAGGAGCGGCGCCCCCCGACAGUUGCGGUUUGGGACCCCGACACCUCCAGGCUCCAUCACCUCCCCGUCUGCUCCCUCUCACAGAUACAACACGCUAUCACCAAGUUCCAGACAGUGUACCACGUGGGUGGCGGCGGCGCCCUGGACUCUGCCACAGUUGGACUGCUGUCCAGUCCUCGCUGUGGCAACCCUGACACACUCAUGGACCACGAGGCCCUCAAAACACCAAGAGUGCCUCUUGAUGACCUCGGCGAUGACCAGGUGACCCAGUACUCAAGCCGCCCGCGUCGAAGUGCUACUUCCGUUGAGGAGGACCUCGAGCCGACGGGUCCUGAGAGUGAAGAAGGCUUGGAGGAGACGAUGCCGGACCAGCAGCGGCUGAGGGAGGUGGCCCAGGAGCUGAGGGACGCCACGAGGGCCAGACACCCUCCGGUGGAGGAGCACCUCGAGUGGGAACCUCACCCUACGGAAGCUCGGAGGCGGCGCCGGCGGUGGGUUGAGGAGCUGGUGGAGAAGAUCAACUCCGGGGAAGAGGACGCCCGCCUGGCCGCCCUCACGACCCACCUGGCAGCGAGAGGCGCCCACCCCACGACCCACCUGGCAGGGAGAGACGCCCACCCCACGACCCACCUGGCAGCGAGAGGCGCCCACCCCACGACCCACCUGGCAGGGAGAGACGCCCACCCCACGACCCACACCCCACGAGGCAAGAGGUCUAUCUUCUCCCACCUCGGACGUCCCUUCAAUGAGGAACUGAUCACAUGGCGGCUGGUGACGUCUGGGUACAGCUCGCAGCUGGAGGUGGGGGCGCAGAGGGCGUCCCUGGCGCUGGCCUUCAGGAUGUGGAGUGAGGUCAUCCCGCCCAUCUUCCUGGAGGACAAGGUCUCCCCGGCGCACUACGUCAACAUCAGCAUCGGCUUCGGCAAGAGGAGCCACCUGGGCUGCGUGACGGAGUUCGACGGGCUGGGCGGGGAGCUGGGCCACGCGCUCAGGCCCGACCAUGACGCCCAGAUCCACAUGGACGACGACGAGCACUUCACCCUCGACUCCGACCACGGCACCAACCUCGUCAAGGUGGCGGUGCACGAGAUCGGUCACGUGCUGGGACUGAAGCACGAGGUGAGGAACUACUCCAUAAUGUACCCCGUCUACGAGAAGACCGUCCCCAACCAGGGGCUCGAACUGGGGUGGGAGGACCGCAAGUUGGUCCAGAAGGAAUACGGCUCCUGCAUCGGCGCCUUCAACACCGUCUUCGACUUCCUGCGGUGGCGGGCCGACGGCUCCCUCACCUACAACACUUACUUCUUCAGGAAGGACCACUACUGGAUGUAUGAGAAUAAGUACAACCGGACAAGGUUUGGUGACCCGCUGUACAUCCAGCCAGAGUGGCGAGGUCUGCCCAACGACGUGGACGGCUAUGCUCACAUCUGGACUCGUACCAAGGAUGCCCACCUCUUCUUCCAGGGUGAACACUACUACGUGUACGACCCGGAGGCUGGGGGCGUGGCCGUCGGGUACCCUCGCCGCAUCGCCCAGGACUUCCACGGGCCGCCCACGCCCAAGCGGCCCCUCGGGCGCACCAUCCCCAGCGACAUCGACAGUGUAUACUUCGACAAAAGGGACGAAAACCUGUACUUCUUCAAGGGCAAGAAGGUGUAUGGGUACGACGUCAGCAAGGGGUCGGCAGGGUGCUGCCUCUCUGGUUACCCUCGACGCAUAAAGGACGAGUUCUUGCCAGCUGACUCUGGCUCCCGCCCUCUGCCCAGGGACCUGGACGCUGUCUACUACUCCUACACCGACAAAACCGUCUUCUUCAUCAAGGACCGCCUCUACUGGGAGCUGGUGACCUUCAAUCCCCAUGACCAACUGCGCAACAACAAUGUUGUGGGACCUUCCUACGUCCAUCAUAAAUGGUACGACAUCUGUGACACUGAGCUCGACCCCUACUACGCCUACUCUCUGGUCUAGUUAAAGGCUGGACUACCUUCUUUUAUGAGACCCUUCCAGCCAUGACUUCAUCUAAAUUAUUGCCAAACAGCUGGAGCUCCACUGCAGUAAAAUAUCGUGUAGAUUACUUUGGAAUAUCUCGUGCAUACUGCAAACACCUGCAUAACAUUUUCCAGCUACUGUUCUUCUGUAUCCUAAAUCCAAGCUGCUAUAUACAAGUUCUCACACUACAUGGGUAGAGAUUUGCAUGCAAAGAAAAACAACAUGGAAAUUAUACAUAUAUGGUCCAUAUACAGGCGGCUUCGUUCUCAAUUCACAAUCGGGAAUUCUGGGUUUGGAUCCUGGGUGGGGACAGAAAUGGUUGGGCGCAUUUCCUAUCGCCUAAUGUUUACAUAUCAGUAAAUAAGUACCCAGGAGUUAGUCAGCUUGUUGUGGGUUGCAUCCUAGAGAGGAUCAGUAAUUCAACUUUGGGAGAGACCUCAAAAUAAGCCUAAAAUAUACACUGCCUGUACACACACGACACAAUGAACUAUUAUAUAUCAAUCAGGACCGAAAGCCAAGCAUUGUCAAGAGGUUACAGGACGAGUGCUAGUUCAUGUACAUAUUUUAAGGUCAACCAU